UCUGCCAUCCCUAUAAAUGGGAGGGAGCAGCAGCAGGGUUGCACCUGCAGGACUCCAGUUCCACAGGAGAGGCAGGGAGGGAGGGACAGACGGACGGAGCUGCUUCUUGCUACUCUUACCUCCAUUUGAGCUUCCCAGUGCUCUGCCUGUGCAGAGGCCCCAGCCAUGGGGACCAGGCGAUGGACAACCUCCACCUUCGUGGGAUGCUGCAUAUGGAUUCUGCACGGGCUCAGGGCUGCCGGUGCCAUCCCUGUCACUACUGAGGGGUCAUUUGCUGCAGGGACAGUUUCUCCCAUUGCGACGGAGAGUGAGGGGCCCCCUGCCCUAGUGAUGGGCACUGCAGAGACGAGCACCACAGUGGCCAACGCUGAGAUAGCAGAGAGUAUCCUCGCUGGAAGCUCGUCGAGCCUGUCCUUCCCUGCUGGGGCUCAGACAGAUGCUUUGGUGACAGCAACAAUUGCAUACGGCUCUACAGCACUGACUUUGAUAAACGUGACCAAGCCUCUUAACACGUCUCAGGAAAACAAGGGGGGUUCAGCUGCUCCCACUGCAGCCACGAGCACUGCCGCCAUCCCUGAACAAUACCCCGCUGUCACCCCAGAAGCAGCACUCGAUGUAACAGGGGCUGUUCCCACCGCCCCGCUAGGGACCACCCCUCUCUUUGCAGGUGUGAAGGAGGAUGUUCCUGCAGCCGUGACCAGGGAAGAAGCAGAGAACCUAGACCCCACUGUUAGUGAUGUGCUCUUUCCCACUCUGCCAGCAGUCACCUGGGGGGCACAGCCAGCUGCUGGCAGUCCUGUGGGUGCUGGGGUCACCGUCCUGCCGAGCCAAGGGGUGACCACAGGUACGGGAGCAGUCAAGGAAGACACAACCCGGCUUGUGGGUUUUCAAACAGAAGACAGUGCCAACUCCUGGAGCCCCAGCGCUGGAAGGCUGAUCACAAACCAGCAGGACGGGAUGUUGAGCAGGGCUGGGGGCAUUGCCCCAGAGCCAGAGGGAGAAACAGCCCCAGCUGCCGAGGAAAGUCCCUCAGCUUUGGUGCCUGGAGCCAGGGGAGAUGCAGUAAAUGGUGAAUUCAGCACAGCUGGUUCAUCCCUCUUGUCUCCAGAGAGCACAACAGUGGCAAGCCCAGGGGAGCCCUCCAUCCUUCCCAGCCAGGCAGCACUGAGCCCGGCUGCUUCACUGGCACCAGCUGGCGAUGGGGACAGGGAUGGGCAGGGAGCUCCUGGGCUGUCAUCGGAAGGUUCAACCCUGUCACCUGCAGCCAUUGAGGCACCUGCAGCACCUGAGGUGACAGAGGACAUGGCCACCUCGCUAUUGGACCCAAGCGUUCCCACUGAUGCACAGAGUGACACGAAUCCCCCAGUCCUGGACACUGUGCUGCCCACAGAGGACGUAGGAACAAUGGGUCUCACCAAACCAUCCCUGCAGCCUGCCCCAUGGCAGAUCCCCAUCGGAGAACAGCCACCACUGCUUGCGUCUGCUCUGCCACCCCCCACAGACAACUCCAGUGCUCUGAGGGCUGCUUACCCACCCUCAGGGGCUGGGGCCAGCACCCUGCCUGCAGCUGGCGAUGGGGCAGAGACAGGAACAAGCCCUGACCUUGCAGCUGCCUCAGGAACACCUGUGUCUCCAUCUCUUGGGGGGUCACAGCCAUGGGGCAUCACUGCUGGUGCUCCCCAGGGAGCCAAUGGACCUGGCACUGGCUCGAGUUCAGCUUCAGAUGUCCCCAGCCCAGCAUCUUUCAUACCUGAUGGACUGGCAUGGCCCGCUGCUGGGGUCCAGGGUCAGAGGGCCGAGGGUCCAGGGGACAUAGCACAGGCAGGAGGUCCAGGGGAUGACAGUCUUUAUGCAGAUAUCCAGAGUGACACGAGUCGUUCAGCCUUCAGCACUCAGCAGGAUGCUGCUAACACCGGAGAGCUGCCAGCUGGAGAAACAGAAGCUCUGGCAAAUGCCAAACUGUCCCCUCCAUCAGCUGUUGGGGACAGAGCAGGAGCAGCCCCAGCACAGGGACAAGUGCCCCCACCUGGUCCUGCAUCUCUCGGCAGUGCUGGGCUGCAGCCCGACCUCUCAGGGGCUGAAGGACCAGGGGACCUGCCCAGUGAAUUUCCCAGUGCUCCUGGGGCUGUUUACCCACCCCUGGGAUCUGCAGCUGGCCCCGUGUCUGGGGCAGAGACACCAGUGAGCCCCGAUCUCAGUGCUGCCCAGGGAGCACCCGUGUCUCCAUCCUUUGAGGAACCACAGCCAUGGGGAACAGCAGCUGGUGCUCCCCAGGGAGCAGGUCUCCCUGGAGCCAGCGGACCAGGCACCGUUUUGACUUCAGCAUGGGAUGUCCCCAACUCAGCAGUCAAUGGACCAGCAGGACCCCCAUCACCUGCCCUCAGGGACCAGUUUGGCACAAACCCAGGGCUGCCGGCAGUGGAGGGACAAGGUCCUGGUACAACAGAGCCGGUGCUGGGAGGAGCAGGCAGUGGGACUGAGUUUGAGCCAUCCCUGAUCUCUGCUGCAGGCGGCGGGACAGUGGUUGGAGUGAAUCAACUGCCUGGUGCAGGUUCCUUGUCCGGUCCUGCUUCUCGCAGUGAUGUGGUGGCAACAUCCUCCACUUCAGAGGACAAUAGAGCAGGACUCAUCCCAGCCGCUGCCCCUGUCCCUGACAGCCUGUCCUCAGCCUCUCCAGAUAGUGAAACCGGCCCAGGGCUCGCUCAGGUCCUGGGGGCUGAUGGCACAGGGAAUGCGGUACAGGCAGGAAACCCAGAGAGUGAAAGGCCCUACACAGAGACAAGUCCUUCAGCCUUCAGUGCUCAGCAGGAUCCCUCUAACACUGGGGAGCUGCCAGCAGGAGAAACAGGGGCUUUGGUGAAUACUGAACUGUCCCCUUCAUUAGCUCCUGGGGACAGAGCAGGGACAGGAGCAGCCCCGGCACUAGGGCAAGUGUCCCCACCUGGUCCUGCAUCUCUCGGCAGUGCUGGGCUGCAGCCCGACCUCUCAGGGGCUGAAGGACCAGAGGACCUGCCCAGUGAAUUUCCCAAUGCUCCUGGGGCUGCUUACCCACCCCUGGGAUCUGCAGCUGGCCCCGUGCUUGGGGCAGAGACACCAGUGAGCCCCGAUCUCAGUGCUGCCCAGGGAGCACCCGUGUCUCCAUCCUUUGAGGAACCACAGCCAUGGGGAGCAGCAGCUGGUGCUCCCCAGGGAGCAGGUCUCCCUGGAGCCAGCGGACCAGGCACCGUUUUGACUUCAGCAUGGGAUGUCCCCAACUCAGCAGUCUAUGGACCAGCAGGAUCCCCAUCACCUGCCCUCGGGGACCAGUUUGGCACACACCCAGGGCUGCCAGCAGUGGAAGGACAUGGCACCGGUACAGCAGAGCUGAUGCUGGGAGGAGCAGGCAGUGGGACUGAGUUUGAGCCAUCCCUGAUCUCUGCUGCAGGCGGUGGGACGGCGGCUGGAGUGAAUCAACUGCCUGGUGCAGGUUCCUUGUCCGGUCCUGCCUCUCACAGUGAUGCGGUGGCAACAUCAUCUCUUUUGGAUACAGCCAGUCCAAGUGCCCUUGGAGGAGCAGGCAGCACUCCUGGAGCUCUGCAGCCUUCCCUGGGUGCUGGGCCUGGGGUCCCUCCUGCUGCAGGGGAAGGUGCAGGGGAAGCAGCUGGUGACGGAACAUCCCUGGGGCAGACUGCUGCUGAAGGGCAGCCAGCUGGUUCAGGAGCCCCUGAUAGAGAAGCAGCAGCUGUGCUGCAGUCUGCAUCUACUUCAUCUACUGUGGGGUCUUCAUCACCUGGGACGGCUGCCAAUGGAGCAAACCUUCCUGGAGCUGGUGAAGCCAGCAAUGGCUUGAGCACAGGCUUGGAGGCUGCUGGUCCUGAGGAACCCCCUGUAUCUGCCCCUGGCAUUCAGAGCGGUGCUGAUCUUGGACUUUCUGAUGCAAGACUGAGCCAAGUCAAUGUGGUGGAUCUGCCUGGAGGUGCCUUAGCUGACAGGGGACCUUCCUCCAGUGCCAGCCUGGGAGAGGGAGCAGGACCCAUCAUACAGACCACGUCAGGAGUGUCAGCCCCGUCUGCCUUUGCCUCCCCCCAGGGGACGCAGCCCCUGCUCCCGGUGGCUCCAGGUGCUGGUGGUGUCUCCGAUGGCACAGCCACCUCACUGCCUGCUUCUCUGCUCCUCCCUGGACAUGGGCUGACCUCAGGGCUGGCACCCAAUGGAGACCCCCACUUUGUCCCCAGCACCCAGAGCGGGAGCGCCCCCCUGGCUCUGGGGGCACCAGGUGGGCUGGCGGGUGAUGCUGGAGGUGCCCAGCUGUGGUCUUCUGAAGACGAGGUGGCCUCAGGGAUGCCAGCACCUUCUGGAGAAGCAUCACCCCGUGCCCCCACAUCCCCCAAUGCUGCCCCAGUGCUGCCUUCUGCUCUGGAGGGAGAAAGCUCUGCAGAGGGGGUGUCUGCUGGCCCCGGGCUUUCGGCACGUGAGUCACAAGUGGGGUCCUCUGCGGAGGGAAAGGGAGAGCUGGGGACUGCUGUGCUGGGGGGGCCUGCCCUGCUCCUGCCCCCUCACCAGCCGGGAAGCCCUGGGGAUCCCUCUGGGGAUGCUGAUGGCCUUGUGCCUGGGGAAGCAAAUGCUGUACUCCCCAAAGUGAUGGCAGGGCGAGGGGACGUUGCUCAGCUCCUUCCCAGUGUGACUGGAGCCAGGGCAGCCAUGGAGACCCCCCCUCGCUCCUCACUUGGGGGAACCCCAGGGCUCUCUGUCCUGCCUCCCGCCGGGAUUGCUGCUGGCAGCCCUGGAUCAGAGAUCCCAGGGCCAGGACCUGUCAGUGGCUUGUCACCUGCUGGCAUGCAGCCAUUCUCAGGCAACAAGGUGACCACCAGCUUGGCAAAUGGAGUCCUUGCCGCCAGUGGGUCAAGCCUCCAUGCAGCCUUCCCAGGCCAGUGGGAAACCCCAAGAGGGUUCCCAGCCACCGCACGCCCGGUCGUGUCCUGCAGCCUGAUCACCACCAGCCCAGUCCCACCAGCCCCCAUCCCUGGGGUCAGGAAGGUGCUCCCCAGUCCAGCAGUAGCCACUGUCACCUCCCACGCAUCGUCCCCCGUGUUUCCAGCUCCACCAGGAGGGCCGGUGACCGCCCUGAACCUACUGCCCAGCCCCACAGUCCCAGCUAUACCCCUCUAUGGGUAUGGAGCGAGGGAAAAUGAUCGGGAGUAUGUGGAAAGAAAGGUGGAUUUUAAUUCUCCACUUUUCAAGCCCGAGACUGGAUUCCCGUUUGGGAACACCCUGCGCAGCUCUCUCUAUUUUACAGACAACGGACAAAUCAUUUUCCCAGCCUCGGACAACAGCAUCUUCACAUACCCCAACCCUCCUCCCAGAGGCUUUAGCGGCCGCGAGGAGGUUCCCAUGAUUGCUGUGUUUUGGGACAAUGCUGACUUCUCCAGAGGUGUUGGUACUACCUUUUACCAGGAGUUCCCCACCCUUAACACAGACAAGCCUCCCUUCGUCCGUGACGUGGAAGCAAAGGUUCGGCGGUACCUGAGGUCCUCCUACUCGGCAGCCUGGACCCUGAAGAUCACCUGGGAGAAGGCACCUGCCUACGGAGCACGGACUGACACUCGGAGGACGAUCACAUACCAGGCUGUCCUGACCACUGAUGGCUUCAGGUCCUACGUCCUGAUGCUGUACCAGGCGGGUGGCAUGCAGUGGGAUUACACCAGGCUGGCUGCCACCAACGUGCUCAUCGGCUACACCAGCGGGGAUGGCUUUUACCGCAAUGAUGACUUGACUCGGAGACCUCCAGCUGCUAAAUAUCGCCCUGACCAGUUCAGGGGCUACAACACAGACCUCCGUGGGCUGUGGAUUUACAAACUGGAGAGCCGCGUGGGUAUCAACUACCGGCUGAAGUGCCUGGCGUGGACAGGGCAGCAGCAGGAGCCGCGGAUGUGGAGCCAGGGCCUGCCCGCCUGCCCCUGCACCCUGCAGCAAGGGCAGCGGGACCCGCGCUUCAAGAGCAGCCGGGGAGGCUGGGGGGCUGCCCGUGUCUCCAUGCUGCACUCAGCCUCCCCCAACCCAUACGGUGCCGGUGUCCGCUGCCUGUACGACAGCCAGAGCCGGCUCAUCGAGGGGCGGCAGGAGAGGUACUGGAGGUUCUUCAGGCAGGCAUCCCCCUUCCGUGACCAGGAGCUCAAGUUGUACGACUGGUGUUGUAACCAGGCGGGCAGUGCUCAUCUCUGCGCCCGCUACAGUGAGAAGAGACCGAAGAUUGGCUGUGACGGAUACCAGUCACCCGGUUCCUCGGAGGAGGAGGACAGUAACUCGAAGGAGCAGGGAGAUAGAGAAGACAAGUAACUGAGGGAUUGUACAUGUGCAACAUGGCCUGGGCCACAGCUUAUUCUCCAAGUCCUUUAUUCCUGCUUGUCCCACAUCCCCCGUUCCUCCCAGCACCCAUCACCCCGGUGUCUGCAGUUACCUUCACUGGCGCAAGGUCAUUUUUCUAACCCAGACUUGUCCCAAGGAGUCCAUUGCUUUAGUCACCCUUCCCCAGCUGCAGCUGAACGGGUGCCUGUGGGCACCUCCUUGCUGGCAGGGAGCUGGGCAGGUACCCCUCACUGCACCCACCUCCCCCAUCCUCCCUACACCUGCCAUCCCCCCACGCUGGAAGCUGAGUUUGGUCCCCUGGCACCCAGGGAAUGGGUUUUGCACCUCACGUGAUUCACCUGCACCCAAGCCCCUGAGUGCUGUGGUGCACAAGGCUGACCCUGUGACCUGGUCCUGUCUUGUCCCCAACUUCUGUCCUCCAGCCAUCCCCACCUGUGCAGUCCUUGUGCCCAGGAGAAGGGACAAUUCUCUAGAUCAAGGCAGAGGCUGCUUGACACCUCUGCUUUAUGUGCGAGGGCAAAAUUCAGUCCUGUGAUCAGAAGCAUUGGGACAAAAAAAAAAUAAUAUUGUGUGUAAGAGAGAAUCUACCUUUCUUAAAAAAAAAGAUCUUUGUCAAAUCUAUUUCAUUCAAUAAAGCCUCAAAGGUCUGAGCAUCACUGA